AUGGAGUCCGUACGCCAAUCGUGUCGCCCGCGGCAUCAGGUUUUGACGCUAAAAUGCUUCCCCAAAUAUCAAAAGGGUGUGGCGGAGGUUAUACCGAACCCGAGUGAACUCUCAUAUCUGCUAUACUAUGCGAGCACGCGUCGCAGCAAGCUGACCAAGGUCGGCGCUUUUCUGGAAAAGAGGGUGGCCAAGGAUGUCUGGAGGCGCCGGUUGGGAAACGUCCAGGUUGCGCUUCACAUUUUGACCGCGCUGAUCGAGAAAGUUCCUCGCGAGUUGCCUAUUUAUGCACGCUACGUCCUAUCCGUCAUCGAUACUGUGUUGCGAUCCAACGACAUCUCUAUGGUGGAGGAUUCUAUCGCGACCUUUGAAACAUUCUGCCGCCACCAGGAUAUCGCGAUCAUCGCCGCAGACCAAGCCCUUGCCAACAAAUACCGUGAAGUUAUUCGAACUUACGCCAGCUUCGCCGACCCAUCCUCCCAGUCAUACUCAUCAGCUAAGCUCAGCCCUCCAGUCGCUAUUCGAUGGAGAAAUGCCGGUCUCCGCGCGAUCAAGGGUGUUGUCAGUUCGGAGAGUUUGGCCGCAGAUGGAGGGACCUCUCUGAAUAUCAUCCUCCCGGUCAUUCUCGAGAACCUGUAUUCCUCGAAUGAGGAUGUCCUCGUUCCAUUGAAGGCAAAGAUUCGGGAGACCGACGAUGGUGAACGUGAUGCAGCCCGGCUUCGCCGGCUGAGUGUCGCAACGGUGCACACGGUUGACACGGCGGACGGCGACCCUGCAUUGGCCGCACAGUCGACAGCUGAUGCGGACCGACAGGCGGAGAUGGAUGCGCGACUUCUAGCUCUCCGUUGUCUGGAGCAGAUCAUCGUCUCCGGAAGUAAUCGUGGCCAGAUUCGCAUCGCAGCGACGGUUAUCUUGCGGUUCAUUGCCAACAAGCGGUUCCCGCGCACCGCAACUCUUGAUGAGUUUAGCGGAAUGAGCCAGCAAGAUGGAAACUGGGCAACUUCGCUGAUUGAGCUCAUCGCAACUUGGUGUCCAGUUCAGGUUCGGUUCGUGAUUUUGAUGACAGCCAUGGACAUCUUGCACGACACCCACCCCAAGGAAGAUGCGCUGGAGUCCUCAUUCACUAUUCUCUCUGUUGUGGAUUGGCUGUUGAAAUCGCCAGUCAACAUGAUUGGCCUCAGCGUGAUGGAUAUCCUGCUCGGACUCAUGCGGUAUAUUUCGGACCUUCUAUCGCCUACCGACGGUGAUGCCGAUAAGAAUGCGGAUUCAAAUGCCCAUAGCGCUGUGUUCAUCUCGCCCCGGAGGCGCGCUCUUCUCUCCCUUCUGGAGCAGUGCAUUGGCAACUUGGCCACCCACAAUUAUUAUGGAGAUCAAGUCGCAGACAUGAUGCGGGCUAUUCUUCGUCGUUUCAAGCCUACCCCGAACCACGAGAGUGCCGCACAAUCUUCAUUGGCUACUGUUCAUGAAACUCGAGCAGUCUCGAUGGCCCCCCAAAACUCUGAAAUCGAACAGACUAAUGGAGAGAAAGCCCAAGGCGAGACCUUUUCCCAUGCCGCUGCCAAGUUGACUGCCCUCAAAGCCGUCAAAGCCAUCCUCGUUGUAGCCAAUCUCAGGGCACCAGCGUCCAUCAAGGGCUCGGAGUCGAGGAAUCAGGUUGGCAUUCACGUUUGGGAAGGCACACAGGGUCUUCUGCGGGACUCUGAUCAGGAUGUUCGUCACGCUUAUGCUGACGCUUUUUUGUCCUGGCUGCAACUUGAAACGAAUAAGCAAGAUCUCAAGGUCCAGUCGGAUACCCCCAAAUACGUCAAGCCAGCAUCCAAACGCGACUCUGAAGCUUUGGACAAGACGUCCGGUCGACGGAGUACCUCGGCUCCUGGGAACCAAAGAGAGAAGGCCGCCGUAGCUGCGCAGACCAAGUUCCUUCGCUUACUGCAUCUGGAUAUCUAUGAUGCUGCCAUGGAUAGGCCUGCUGUGGGAUCCGAGGUGCUUGUGCUGCACCUUCUUCUGGCUAGCCUCGUUGAAAAUCUCGGCGUGAAUGCCGCCCAAUUUGGACUCCCCAUGGUAUUGAAGUUGCAAGACGACUUGUUCACUUCGGUCGACUUGGGUUCCUUUGCGGCUCAGGUCAAUAUUGGAAGCCUGGUACAUGGCUAUCUUUUGGCUCUUGCAGAAAAAUUCAACCUUGAAGCCACCCAUGCUGGAGUGGAGGUCCGCAAUGAGAUUGAAAAGCGGCAGAGCAAGGGGCAGUGGUUUGCCAAGAUAAAGUUGCCACCAACUGGUCUCGAUGGCAUUGCCAUGGACGAGAAGGUUCUGGACGAAGACUCAACUCAAUCAAUUACACUCACACCCUUCCGAAAUCUCGACGGCUUGGUCAGUGGUAUCGAUGAGGCGUAUCGCCAAAUAAUUUCAUCCCCGCCACAGAGCCCGCCCACUUCAUCGGCUCGUGGAUUCAACUUCCCCGUUCUGAACCAUAUCCCGGCAAAACAACCAUCGCAGGAAGAGAAUGGCCUCCCGUCUCCCGUCAAGGAGCUAAUGCUGUCCUCUUGGUCUCGUGAGUCGUGUUUGGCUGCAAUCGAGAAAGAAAGCAUCAGAACCGCCUCUAUUAGUGGCUCUCGUGGCGGCACCAUGACUCGCAACAGCCACUUCAAUGGCAUGACAAACGGCUCACCCGUUGGUUCAGCCAUGGACAAAAACCGCCCUAUGAGUGUUCCAGAUAUCUCGUAUACUCCAGAGCCAAGUUCAGGCAGAGGAUCUCCCGUCCGUGUCACUGAGUUGCGCCGUGUGCUCUCGGUCAAUACCGAAUCUAACCUUCGACGACGCAGUCCUCUACGUGGCCAAGUUGAUGCCUCGAAUAUCAGCGUCAUUUCUUCUGGAAGCGAGAGCAUGGCCAGCGGCGUCUACUCUGUCUCGGAGAUGGAACAGGAUGCCUUGUCGACCAUGCAAGAUGAAGCUCAACAGACACACGAAGACGGCGGAGCUGAGACACCCCGCGCAAAUGCAUCGGCUGUCGCUCUUUCAACGGAUCAAGGUCAGGAUUCAACGCUGAGUCGGGAACCCUCCUACGAAAUUCCUCCAGUCCCUCCAAUUCCCGCUGGAUUGUCCAUUCCUGGUGGCUUCCCCAACGACUCGCAGCGGUCAUUGAUCUCGAUUGAUCGCCCAGCCACGGCGCCGGAUAACUCCCGACAGGCGCUGAAGAGCAGCGUGAAGUCGGACUCAUCUCAGAACCUUCGAAAUGGGAAGGCUCUGAAUCGAAAUAAGAGUCGUUCGAGCAACAACCUCGCCUACGGAUUCUCAGAUGGGUUCUACAAUGCCGAGAAUGACUCUGACACUCCCCUUGACACUGCUCAACGGGAUCAACUGAGGAAACUCCUCGAUGGUUUCCUCUCCCCCGAGGAUAAUGUCGUCACCAAUGGAGACCGCCCAUCCACUGCGGUGCCGACAUCAAAGAACUCUCUUGCUGAUGGAUAUUCGAGCAGGCGUCAAGUCAGCGGUGGUGGUCUGGGACGACCUCCAUACUAA